AUGGACUUUCAUUCAUGCUCAAAUGUUCCUUCUUUCAAUAUUGCGAAAAAGUUUCAUAAGUUUUACUUCCUCAACCGAGACGCCAUCACCUCUGGAACUAGAAGUAUCAUGGAAAUACGCAGGGCAAAGUACAGUCCUACCAUAUGGUUUAAUCGACUCGUCGCGUCCUCCUUUAUUGGUCUUUUCUUCAGACUAGAAGGCAGUAGUCAUCCCGAAGAGAUCACAGGGGCAACGUUUCUAAACGAACUUCGUGCUGGUGCGACGACCUUUGCGGCCAUGACAUAUAUCAUUGCUGCUUCUAUUCUUUCACAGACGGGCGGAGCUUGCAUUUAUGAUGCGACGAAUCGAAAUGACUGUGAUAAAAUUCUUAGUUAUGCGACACGCAAAGAAGAGGUUAGAAGAGAUCUCGUCAUUGCCACAUCAGCUGUGGCUGCAAUUUCCAGCUUCAUAUUUGGUCUUGUCACCAAUUUACCCAUAACCCUUGCGCCGGGUAUGGGUCUCAACGCCUAUUUCGCUUUCCAAGUGGUCGGAUACAACGGCUCGGGUAAAAUUCCUUAUCGAGUUGCUCUAACAGCAGUCUUUCUUGAAGGGCUCAUUUUUGUUUUCUUCGCACUCACAGGCAUCAGACAAUCGCUCGUCAAACUGAUCCCGUCGACGAUCAAGAUAGCUACAGGUGCUGGUAUUGGUCUAUUUCUUGCUGAGAUUAGUUUGUCGUAUGGCUCGGGGAUUGGAGCCAUUACUGGAGGUUGGAAUGCGACGCCUUUGGCUAUUACCGGGUGUCCCAUUGAGAUGAUUAAUCCCGAUACGCAGAUGUGUGAUUGGGGAUCAUGUCAAGCCCAAAGGCAAAUUUGGACAGCCAUCUUUUCUGGUGGCAUAUCUGUUGCCUAUCUCAUGGCUUUUCGCGCCAAGUAUGCCUUUCUUGUUGGCACCCUCCUGGUUGUAGUUGUUUCCUGGCCACGUGAAACCAAGAUAACCUAA